AUGCUUGGUGCUGAGCUGUUUGCCAUACACAAGGCCAUGCAGCUUGCCACUGAAGACGUAUCUAUGAAGGAGGAGCCGGUUUUGAUUCUGUCUGAUUCAAGGUCCGCUGUGCAGCUUUUGUCUUGUUCGUCGGGGCUGUCUCACCGCACAGUUGUCUUCAAGAUACAUGAGUUGAUGCUGGUCAAGGGACUUGACAGAGUGGUUAUUUGCUGGAUCAGGGGUCACAGUGGUAUCCGUGGAAAUGAAGUGGCAGACAGGGCAGCAAACCUUGCGCACUCUAAUGACCGCACAGCAAGAUCUCAACUGUGCUUUGAGGAAUGGAUCUUCACUGUGAAGUCACUCACCAAUCAAGAAUGGGCUCGCAAAUGGUCAGAUGACGUACAAGAAACAGGAAAAGGGACCUUCCGAAGAAGUUUGGGACCUGAGAUAUCUUAUGUGGACUAUGGAUCGCUGCCACGCUCAGUUGAAUGCGCUGUGUCACGUCUACGCCUUGGGCAUGCUGGCGUCAAUGCUCAUCUGACCAGAUUCAAUUUAGCUGACUCAAGUAACUGCCCAAUAUGCAAUGUGGAGGGCACAAUCGGGCACCUCAUCCUGCACUGCACACAAUUCAUCAACCAGUGA